AUGAGUCGAAAAGUGUGGUUCCAGUUGGUGGACAACACCGGACUCCCUUUCAAGGGUUGCAGGCCAGCUUCGGUUCAAUCUGACGGCGUCCGUGAUAUUGAAGACGUCCGCGCGAAGAUUCAUGCAGCCUAUGAUCGCUUUCCGCCCCUUGGGAAGGACGUCUUGACCCAUAUUCCACCUAACUGGCUAAAAAUUUACGAGAGCAGAAAGGGAUACGCUGACGAGAACAGCGCGCCAUUGGACGAGGACGCAUCACUUGACAUGCGUGGUGGAUCAGUGAAAGAUGCGCUUAUCGUCGAAGUGCCGAAGACGGACCCGAUACCUCCCGCAACGCCUUUGAAAGACCAGGAGAAGAUUGCUCAGGAAUGCAGCUCACUUGACGAUUGGAGCAUCGGCACUGUGCACGAGAUUCCAGCCAUCUCCAGAUUUAUGAGCCAGUUGGGUGGAUGUACCGAGACUGGGAAGAUCUUUUGGCGUCUGGAAGACAAGCAGGUCGUGUCGCUGAUCAUGGAUGGGUGGUUUCGGAAGUCCACCCCUGACAACCGUAAUGCCUUUGCGAACAAGACGAGUAUUCUCAUUGGGUCCCCGGGAAUCGGCAAGUCGACUCUGCUGUGCCUGAUGGCCUUCUACCUCGUGUUCAAGCACAAGAAGAAUGUGUUUUUGUAUCGACGGGGGUUUGGACCGAAGAAAGGAAAUAGUCUUCUCUACAUGACGCACGACGCGGGCCAAGUGGUUUAUUUCGCGAUCCCUUUGUGUGCCGACACUCGGGCCAACAAGAUCUACAAAGCGCUCGCUAGAAAAAUUGGUGCCGAAAACGUCUGGGGCUUAUUGGAUGGGUUUCCUCUCGAUCAAAUCCGUCGGGGUGUGUGGGAAUUUAAGAUGCUCGCGACAUCGCAGCAAGCGGACCUAAAAUCGCUGUACAAGUUUGAGGAGGACGAAAUGGAGACUAGGUUCUACUAUUCCGGUGGCAGUUUUGCACUAGUGACGGUGGCAAGAAACCUGGAGCAGCCUAUGGAGAAGAUGGAGGUGCAACACGGUGGAGCUGUGAGGGAGUGGAAGGAUAUUAGUGCUUUCACGUACUGGGUCCCGGAUUGCGACGACUUCCCCAACAUCGACAGCAUUGUAAAGCUCAAGGCUAAGGCUUCCUCCGGAAAGAAGAGCAACGUGGUGUAUCUGCAGAUCACAGGCGCCAAGAAGCACGAGAUUAGGAGGUCCGAACUGACGAAGCUCAACGACAUUUUUUUCCCUGAUGACGCCAAGCAAGCCGGCGACACUGACCCACCGCUGUAUAUCGCCCUGUGUUCGAGCCUUGCAGCGCGUAAGGAGUUCAUGCUCACCUCUGACCCCGAAGUGCUGGCGGCGCAGCAGGCGUGCUCUGAUCAAGUGUAUGUGGGCUAUUACGAGGAAGUUCAUUCGCGAUGGCUUUAA